ACCCCCACGCCCCCAUGAUGAGGAACGGACACAUGGCGUCCGUCAACGAACCCGGCAGCGACCCCGACAGCCCGUCACCCUGAUGACCAUGGGCGGCCAUGACAGCGAGUUCCCGAUGGACGACGUCAUCGACGGCCUCAUCAGUCUUGAGUCGGGCUUCAAAGAUGGAGGCCUGGAUUGCAUGGAGUCCAACAUGAUGAUGCAAAACAAUGUGUCCCUCAGUGACAGCAUGCUGGACGUGUAUGGGGGUGAACAAGGUAUGAACCCCCCUAAUGCUGGACUGAGUCCCACAUCUAACCCCACAAAGCUCACAGUAAAAAGGGAAUGCACAGAACUGGACACUCGGGUCAUGGCCAAGGAGAGGCAGAAAAAGGACAACCACAACUUGAUUGAAAGGAGGCGGAGAUACAACAUCAACUACAGGAUUAAGGAGCUGGGAACGCUCAUACCCAAGUCAAACGACCCCGACAUGCGCUGGAACAAAGGCACCAUCCUGAAGGCCUCGGUGGAGUACAUCAGGUGGCUGCAGAAGGAGCAGCAGCACGCCCGCGAGGUGGAGGGGCGGCAGAAGAAGCUGGAGCAGGCCAACAGGAGGCUGAUGCUCAGGAUUCAGGAACUUGAGAUGCAGGCUCGAGCGCACGGCCUCCCCAACAUGGCCACCUCUUUGGGGACAACAGAGCUGUCCUCGCAUCUCCUCAAGCAGCAGCAGUCGUCCCCGCGGCCCCAGCAACCCCCUCUUUACCAGGAAGACCCAAACAAUGAUUACCUCCAAAGGUUAGCCGCGGUCGCCGGCGUCCCGUCCCUCCAGGGCGGCCUCGCCUCCGGGCCUCAGGACCACACAGCGGGCGCCGACGGCUGCACCACCUUCUCCGACCCGCUGUCCCACUUCACGGAAAUCUUCAGCGCCACGCUGAAGGGCGAGCACCGGCUGGACGAGCUACUCAUGGACGACCCGCUAUCGCCUUUCGGCGGCGACCCGCUGCUGUCGUCCGGCUCGCCCGGGGCGGCGUCCAAGGACAGCAGCCGCCGGAGCAGCUUCAGCUCGGGGGAGGGCGACGAUCUAUAAUGCAGGCAGGGGGUGAAAGGUUAAACUGGGCAUCAGACUGACACAACUCGCCUUGUAUAUACUGUACAGUUCUUACUGAUCCACAAUCAGCUCAUGGACCUCCCAUAAAGAGACUGACUGGAAAAAGGGAGACAUUUACUGGCCUUGGGUAACACUGUAGUCGCUGUACACUGAAAACUACUUUCUAUUUUUGCAUUGUUCCUUUUGCAAAACGCCUUAUUCUUCCACCGCAGUGCCUAACAUGCUGUGUUUUUAUAUUUAUACAUUCUUGUAAU